GCUCAAGCUGGACUUUGCAGCAGGAGCAGAGCUGAGUGGGCUCAUGUCGCUUUUCCAUGAUCUGCUGCAUGUGAAGCCCAUCUACGAGGAAGCAAUACGCGGUGGAGGCUUCUUCUUUGGACCCCGAGAUGCUUACCGACUACUCUUCGGCCGUGCUGACAAGAAAGAGAAGGACACAGCGACGCCAAAGAGGUGGAGCGUUAUUGAUUCUGAGGUCAUCGAUCUUGCAGCCCUUUCGGAGCUCGGGCAUCCCGGAGGCGAAGCGGUCUUGAAACUUGCAGAGGGCCGCGAUGCCACGAUGCUCUACAAGUCAACCCACGCCCUAUCCCGGAAGGAGCUUAUGAACCAUUGGCUGAAGAGGUGUUCUGUCGGCCACAUCGACAAUUUUCCAUUGCUGGCCAGCCAGCUGCCAGAUGGCUUCGAGAACUUUGCGCAAACCGACUCCGCCUUUGCGCUCGAUUUGCGCGAGGCUGCUCGUUCCUACUUUGAGAAGAAAGCGUCUCAGACUGGCGUGAGCUUUCGCCAGGCCACCAAAGCCCCCUUGUGGAAGUGGGCGCUCAUAAUACUCUUUUGGGCAGCGUAUGCCAUGUGUUUGAUGAAGUGGUUGAAGGGCUCCUGGAGCGCGUUGCUUGCGCUUCCUUGGCUCGGCUCGCUGGUCACCUUCCACGUUGCUCAUGAUGCAUCACAUGGAGCUCUCUCCACAAGGGCCUGGCUCAACGAAGCCCUGACCUUCUCGUCCUUCCUGGUGGGUGCACCACAUGAGUGGUAUUGGCAGCAUGUGGCUCUUCACCACGUAUGGACAAACAUCGAGGACGCAGAUCCGGAUGCCAAGCAUGUAAGGCGAUGGGUCCAGGGCAAGUGGCCACUGAGAAUUCUGCCAGUUGUGUGGGCCAUUGCGGUACCUCUGGGAUUGCAGGUGCUGUACUCUUAUCGUUAUCUCAGUUCCAAGCUCGGUGCAUCGGCCCAGGAUGUAAUGGGCAGACCACCAGAUGCCACCUUGGCCUCAUUGCUGUCCCUGGUUCUGCAGCGUUUGGUCCUCUACGUCUUGCCCGUCUGGCGCUACGGGCUGUCAGGAGUCCUUUGGGCCGCCUACCCGGCGGCCGUCUUUUCAUGUCUCUUUAUGCUGAACACUCAGUUGGCGCACCUAAAUCACAGCACCAACGGCGAGGCCAAAGAUCCGGUGUCAGAGGACUGGUACAAGCAUCAAAUUGCCCACAGCGUUGACUGGUCUGUCCGUUCGCGCUUUCAUUGGUUCAUGUCGGGUGGCUUGAACUUGCAGACAGUGCACCAUUGCUUCCCCACAGUGGACCAUAGCCACUUACCGGCCCUUCGACCUUUGCUUGAAGAUGUGUGCAAGAGGUAUGGCGUGCAGAUGCAGCAGUUUGAUGGCUACAUGGCUGGGAUCGGCUCUCACCUGAAGCACCUCUCGGGGCCUGCAGCCACUGUCUUGGCCCCGAAGGCAGCGGACUCACAUGUCUCGGUCCCGAAUGGGUGUCAUUCGGAGUCAGGUCAGCAGAAGACCACGGGGGUUGCCAUGAGCAACGGGCAUCAUGAAGCGGAAGACCACGUGGCAACCAAGCCGAAGGCAACAUCUUCCCAAGAGGAGGCCCAGGGCAAGAGGCAGAGAGUUUGCGUGGUGGGCUCGGGCAUCGCCGGCAAUGCCACUGCCUACAUGCUCCGGAACCAUUGCGAGGUGGUCCUUUGUGAGAGGGACGAGCGCCCGGGUGGUCAUGCUCACACCAUCGCAGCCACCGAGAAGCAGCGGGUGGAUAUUGGCUUUCAGGUCUUCAACUUGAGCAACUAUCCGCUGCUCUCUAAGCUCUUUGAUGAGCUGAAGGUCGAAACCGUCCAGUCAGACAUGUCCUUGUCCAUCGCUGCCAGGGGUGUAGAGGGCCUCGAGGACUUCGAGUGGUCCUCAAGGUCGCCAUUCCCUACCUGGGCGGACAUGUUGAACCCUCGGAGCUGGAGGCGUCUGAUGGAGAUCCUGUCCUUCGAGCGUGCUGCGCGGAAAGCCCUGGCCCAGCAGAGCCUCGGGGACCAGACGCUGAAGGCCUGGCUGGAGGCACAGGGCUUCAGUCGCCAGCUGUCGGAGGAGUAUAUCGCGCCGGUGGGCGCAGCAAUUUGGAGCUGUUCCAUGGAGGAGAUCACGUCCUUCCCGGCGUGCUUCGUGCUGGGCUUCAUGGACAACCACUUCCUGCUGCAGCGGGCGCGGCCCAAGUGGCGCACCCUCAAAAACCGCUCCGAGGACUAUGUGGCAAAGCUGCACCAGGCCCUGGAGGAAUCCGGUAGCCGCGUGUGCACCACGGAGGUGGCAAAGUUGGAGCUUGGCGAGGGGGUGAAGGUUGUCACUAGCACCGGGCAGCUGGUGUGCCCGGAGAAUCCGGUCUUCGAUCGAGUUGUCCUGGCGGUACAUGCUGACGAUGCCAGCCAAAUCCUUGCGCGAUCAAACUUGGGCAAGCAGGACAAAGAUCUUUGCGGCCGCACCAUUGAUCACUUCAGAUAUUCGAGCAACGAUGUGUACGUGCACACCGACCCGAAGUUCAUGCCCAAAGAGAAGGGCUGCUGGAGUGCGUGGAAUGGAUUGAACCUGCCAGGUGCUCCUGCCGUGGUGACCUAUUGGAUAAACCGAUUGCAGCCAGGGGCAUGCGCGGAGGGCUCCGACAUCUUUGUCACUUUGAACCCUCCGGAUGGAUCUUUGGAGAAAGAGAAGGUGCUGGCAAAAUACGUCCUUGGGCAUCCGCUCCUGGACCAGAGUGCGUUGAUGGUUCAGCAAGCCUUGCCGAAACUCCAAGGCCUUGGCAACGGCGGCAUCUUCUUCUGCGGCGCCUGGUGUGGCAACGGCUUCCACGAGGACGGCAUGCGAAGUGCGCGGGCCGUGUGUGAGGCCAUGGGUAUGGACAUGGCCGCUUGGCCAGCUGGAAGGCGGCCCCUGGGCUCCUUGUCGUGGCCAGCGAAGAAGUUCUGGAAGUGGGUGCUGUACCCCGGCAUGUCCAAGAUGAUCUCCAAGGGCAAUCUUCGGGUCGUUUUUGGGGAUGGCGAGGAGAGUCUCAUUGGCGAUGGAGAAGGCGAUGCCAUUGAGAUGCGAAUCCGCAGCGAGAGCUUUCUUUGGCAGAGCCUUCUGGACCCGGGCAUGGCCUUGUCAGAUGCUUAUGAGGCAGGGGAUGUAGAAAUCCGCCCGGACAUCACCAGCUUGCUGUACUUGGUCUUGGACAACAAGCCAAAAGAUGACAAGAGCUCCCCCAUGGCAUGGUCGCCCUUGAAGUUGGUCUCCUCCUUGGCGAAGAAGUACAUGGCCAUGCUUCAUGCCACCAGGGAAAACAGCAUCACCGGCUCGCAGAAGAACAUUCAGGCUCAUUAUGACUUGUCCAACGACAUGUUCAAGCUGUUUUUGAGCAAGGACAUGACCUAUUCUUCAGGUUUGUAUGACGAGGAAGUCUACACCAUGAAGUCCAAGUGUCCAACGCCCAGUCCGACCGAAGCCGACUUUCUGGAGCUGGCUCAGCAGAAGAAGCUGGACCGGCUGCUGGACUCGCUGGACCUGGUGGCCGGAGAUCAAGUCUUGGAGGUGGGCUGCGGCUGGGGCAGCUUGGCCAUCCGGGCUGCGACGCGAUUUCCUGACCUGGCCGGCUGGACAGCGAUCACCAUCUCGAGGCAGCAGCUGGAGCUUGCCCGCCAGCGUGUGGUAGCAGCUGGAGUGCAGCAUAAAGUUCGCAUCAUUUUCUGCGACUACCGCGAUGUGGCGGCCAAAUUUGGGCCCGAGUUCUUCUCCAAGGCCGUCAGCAUUGAGAUGAUCGAAGCUGUGGGACAUGAUUACCUGCCUGGGUAUUUCGGAGCCUUCGAUGAGUGCCUGAAGCCCGGGGGCAAAGUGGCUAUCCAAGCUAUUUGCGUCCCAGAUGAGCGCUAUGAGACUUACAGGAAGGGUACGGACUUCAUCCGCGAGAAGAUCUUCCCCGGUGGACAUUUGCCCUGCCUUGCCGAAAUUCGACGUGCCUGCCGUGUGGGGAGGACAUCUCUGCAAGAGUGCGCCGCUCCCUUUUCUCUUGGCAUCUCAUAUGCGGAGACACUCAACGAGUGGAGAUGUCGCUUCGCUGCUCAUGAGUCUGAGAUCUGCAGCUUGAUUGACCGCUCCAGCGGCGACGGCUUCAAUGAUCGCUUCUUGCGCAGGUGGCAUUACUACUUUGCAUACUGCGAAACUGGCUUCCGUCGCAAGCACAUCGAUGUGUACCAGAUUUGCUUGAAGAAGGAGACGGGAAGCCAGGCAGAUGUCUCUGCGGCCGCAAAGCUUGGCUCUUCAUUUGACGGAGAUGCCCUGCAUGGUAGUCGAACAGGUGUGUUAUCCAGCGCAAUGUCCGGCAGCCUGCAGGGCAAGCUCGCCACAAUCAAGGGGAAGGUGAAGGCUGUCGCCUUCGCGCACGCGCAGCGCAUGCUGGACGAGGGCCGAGUUCCGGAUUGGUUGGUGCGAGUGGGCAUCCGAAUGAAGCUCGCGCAGAAGAUCAGAGAGGAAGAGGGUUCCGGCUGCGUGGAGCAGAUGCAGUCGAGCAAGCUGGACUUCUUCGAGACCCUGCGCACCAUGCCCAUUGCGAUUUGCACCACCAAGGCCAACGAGCAGCACUAUGAGGUGCCGGCAGAGCUCUACCACCUGUGGCUUGGCCCGCGAAAGAAGUACUCUGGCUGUGUCUACCCAGAGGAUGCCAGAGGCCAUCUUUUUUCACGCGCCGCUGAGUUGCUUCCGGAUGCGGAGGAGCGCUCCUUGGAGCAGUACAUUGCAAGAGCCGAGCUCGAGGAUGGCAUGACCAUUCUGGACCUUGGGUGCGGAUGGGGCUCAAAUACGCUCUUUUUGGCCGAGCGACUGCCCUCGUCUCUGGUGGUGGGUGUCUCCAACUCGCAUGGGCAACGUGGUUGGAUCAUGAAGCAAGCCGAAAUGAAGGGCCUCACAAAUGUAAGAGUGGUCACAUGCGAUGUGUCCACCACCAGUCUGGAAGAGACGCUGCCAAUUCUUCUAGCAGAACGGGCUGGUGCUUCUGGGUACGACCGCGUUUGCACAGUGGAGAUGUUUGAGCACAUGAAGAAUUAUCAGACUCUGCUGAACGGUGUCUCGAAGGUCCUUCGCCCCGGUGGCAAGCUCUUCGUCCAUAUCUUUGCCCACACACGGUUUGCGUACCACUUCGUGGCCAAGAGCGAAGCAGAUUGGAUGGCCCGGUACUUCUUCGCAGGCGGCACGAUGCCAUCUUCUGACUUGCUUUUCUACUUCCAGGAUGACUUGACGCUUCGGCGCCACUGGCAUGUAAAUGGCCGACAUUAUCAGCUGACUUCUGAAGCGUGGCUUCAAAACAUGGACCAGAAUGAAGCGCGCGUGCGCGAACUUCUGCGUCAAACCUAUCCACCAGGCACAGAAGAGGCGUGGUGGAACCGAUGGAGAGCUUUCUUCAUGGCCUGUGCCGAGCUCUUCGGAUACCGGGAUGGCAACGAGUGGAUUGUGGCACAUUACCUAUUUGAGAAGCCCGAAUCUAAUUGAUGAAUUUUGGCGCAACGUUGGACAUGUGGAGCGUGUCUUACAAAGCAUUGAAGACGCCCCAGUUUUCGCAAUUCAGCCUAAGGGCAACCUUGCCCUUUCAUUGCCGAGUAACUGCUGCGAAAAGCAGCUGCUUUUUUCUGCAUAAGUCUGCAUAUCAAUUUACUUACACGAUCGAUGAUUUGCACAUGCUGUGCGGUGUACUACAUAAGACCAACAACGCCUUCUCCUGGAUAAAACAAUCACCCUGUGCGAGGGUUGCUGAGCAGUAUGAAGACACUCACAUCGGC